GCCUAGAUAACAUCCUCCUCAAACAUCCUCAUAACCAACACCUCGGAGCCUGCCCGCGUCCCUUGAACCGGUUCUCUCGGCCUUCCUCUACCCCGCCCGAUAUCGCCUAUAGGUAUCGGUUGUGUCGCGACCACGGCGAACUCGACGACAAAGCCCACCAUUCUGCUCUCACGGUUCUAUCUCCUUCCGCUUCGCACUCGACCUCCCUAACGUCUACUUCGUGAGACGUUCAGCUACCUUCAUCCACCCACUGCUGCUGGCGAAGCCAGCCUCUUAAAGGACACCACAAUCCUGUGGGCCUACUCUCUCAGAAGAACGCCAUCAAAGUUCAUCUGAGCGGCAGCUAGUGUCCCGCGGACGCUUCGUUUCAGAAGACACACUGUCAACAACCCCCUCAAACCCGACUCAAAAUGUCUGGCCUCGGAGUUCCCGCCAUUCCCGCCAACUACACCUUCUCCCCUUCCGAGGGCACUCCUUACCUUACCAUCAACCACGAUGUCGCUGCCGACCUCGACUCCACCAAUGCCUUUGAAGGCCCCGAGAAGCUCCUCGAGGUCUGGUUUGCGCCCAGCGCCAAAGCUCUCCCUGCCGGUGUCAAGGAGGGUGGCCUGAAGGCCGUCAAUCCUGACUCGUGGACCCCCAUGCUUGAUUUGGUUCACUGCAAGGUCCUGUCCAUCAUCAACUCCGAGAACGUGGACUCAUACCUUCUUUCUGAAUCCAGCAUGUUUGUGUUCCCCCACAAGAUCAUCCUCAAGACAUGCGGUACCACCACUUUGCUGCUUGGUCUGGACUUGAUGUUGCGCAUCGCCGCCGUCGAGGCUGGAUUUCCUUUCCAUAACGUGGCUUCGUUGGAGGACCCCAAGGUUGCCGCUACUCCUCUGCGCGUGUUCUAUAGCCGUAAGAACUUUUUGUUCCCCCAGAAGCAGCGUGGGCCCCACAAGAGCUGGAGAGAUGAGGUUACCUUUUUGGAUAACAUGUUCGAGAACGGCAGUGCCUACAUGGUUGGCAAGAUGAACGGUGACCAUUGGUACCUUUACAUUACUUCCCCCACCAGCUCCCUGACUCCUCCACGCACCCCCACUUCCAGCCGUGGUGUCAGCCCUAGUCGUAGGUCCAAGAUUCCUACCGGUAUUGUGGCCCCCUUUGGAGGUGUGAUCGAAAACAACGCGGACGAGACUUUGGAGAUCCUGAUGACCGACCUGGAUCCCGAGAACGCCAAGAAGUUCUACCUUGAGGAAGCGACCGCGAUCGCCAAGGAGAAGCUCUUUUCCAAAUCUGAGGCGAACGGAGAUGCCUCUUUUGACGUCUUCAGCAGCUCCGGAGACUGCGAUGCUGAUGGCCAGGCUAUUCUUCCCGAAGCCCUUACCACCGAGGGUCACGCCUUGGGUACUGUCGUGUCGGAAGCAUGCGGUCUUUCCGCCGUGUAUCCCACCUCCACCUAUCCUGAUGCUCGCAUCGAUGCGUACCAGUUCUCCCCUUGCGGCUUUUCCGCCAACGGUGUUGUACCACCUGUCGCGGGCGCCGACGGCACUAUCCCCAAGUCCGGCCACUACUUCACGGUUCACGUCACUCCUGAGCCCCAGUGCUCUUUUGCCUCCUUCGAAACCAACGUUCCCGGAGGCCAGAAUGGACGCCAGACAGCUGAAGUUAUUGAGCAGGUCGUCAACAUCUUCCGCCCUGGACGUUUCAGUGUGACUUUGUUCGAGGCCAAGGGCGCAUUGGCCACCACACCUGGCGAGGAUGCUGAUGAUUCCCGUCGCAGCUGGGGCGCCGCUGCUAAGCAGCGUAUGGAGCGCAUCAACGGAUAUCGUCGCGUUGACCGCAUUGUUCACGAUUUCGAGGAUUACGACCUCGUGUUCCGCUACUACGAGCGCGAAGACUGGGUUGGAGGUGGAGGAGCAAGAAUGGGCGAGGAGUUCUAAAGUGGUUCCAAGCGCCUGGAUGAAUUGAAUUGGUACCAUCAAAUUUCCCACUUUUUGCCAUAUCCGCAUACAUUCCUUCACCAUCAUCAGCGAUACCCUUACCUACAAUUCUGCCUGCUGCUCUGUAUUUGCUGCGGCCCUGUGCCCUGUAAGGAUGUCGCCCUCACUUUUUCCCGGAUUGAUCAUGGUCAUUCAUCUGGUAUCAAUCUCAUCACUGCAAUUCACCUCCAUUGCCUAUCGUCAUUC